GCUCUUUACUUUGCCUCAUUUGUUGGACUGCGCCAGUCUGUGGAUAUGCUGCUCGACAGGGGGGCAGACGCCAAUGCCCAGGGCGGAUACUACGGCAAUGCUCUUUAUGCCGCUUCAUCUGAGGGGCACCUCGAGGUAGUCAGGCUGCUUCUCGAGAAGGGCGCCGACUCGACGGUCGCGAGCAAUGACGGAUGGACACCGCUAAAUGCUGCUUCAAGCAGAGGUUACGUCGACAUUAUGAAUCUGCUUCUU